AUGGAAGUCACGAGCCUCGCCAACACCGCUCUCAAGCUAUCUGCAACAUCGGGUGGAUAUCAACUUUCAGCAACGUCGACAGUCGCCAACAAGGCUUCUCGUAUUGUGCCGAGGGGAAUGCGGGUCAUGGACAAGCGCUACGGCCCGUCGCCGCUCGGCUAUCCUGGAUGUGCCGUGCUGAAGGUGAGCCAAUGGGAGGGCUUCCGCGCCGACUUGACGGCAAAGUCUACGGAAAAGGCCCUGCACUUGCAGGCAUCCGAGAUUCCGCGAGCUUCGUAA